GUCUCAAAAUAAACCAGCAUGGCCUCUCGCGAGGUUUGUCACUGUAGCGCGUGUGUGCGUGCGUUGUUCCUGGGGUAACAGAUGGCAACUCUGAAGCAUGUCCACGUGAGAUAAUUAAAAUGUCCUUGAUAUUUAGUUUGCUUACGUAUGUUAGCUAAGUUUUAAAUAAUGCUAAUGCUUUCUGAGCUAAGUUUUAAAUAAUGACAUACGGGCACCAGAUAAGUUUUAACUCUCUUGUAAAGAAAAGGCGCAGGAAAAUCGUUAAAUAUGAGUGUGGAAGAAUGUCCAUAUUGUGGAAAGCCCUUCAAACGGUUGAAGUCUCACCUUCCUCACUGCAAAAUGGCACCAGAUGCCCAACCCACGAAGACCUUUAAAACACCCCAAGAUCUCCCCAAGAGUGCAACCAGUUCCAAACAGAAGAUCCAUAAUAAGAUCUCAACAGCAGAUAAGUGUAUGAUUUUUGAUGAGAGAAAGGCUUUCGAAGACAGGAGAAAUCCAGAUACAUUUAUCAUAAAUAAGUCUGUUCACAAUGCAGAAAGUUCUCAAGCGACUACUGAAGUCACAUCAGUUGAGAGCACAGAGACCCCCAAAAGCAAAUGGUCUGCUAAAAGACAGAAAGCGCGCGAGACUGUUUUACAGAAGUCAAAGAGCACUACCUCACUAUCAGAUCAUGAAGGAGAUAAAAGCUUUAAUGGACAAACACAAAAAGCAUCUCAAACUAAUGGAAAAACUACUAAAGCCAAAAAGAAGAUAAAAGUGCAGCCAUUAUCAGAACAUUUAUCCAUCACCAAAAGUAACAUCACAGCCCCAACCAUUCAAAACAACACACAUCUUCCAUCUGUACACGAAAAUCCAAAACUAAGAAAAGUUACUGUCUUGAAGGACACCAAACCAAACGGCCAAAGGAGUGAUGUUCAUCCUGUAUCAACAGUAAAAGAGCUCAAAACUCCUACUUUCUUUACAUCCAAGACUUUUGUGUGGGAUCACAUCAAAGACAGUUUGUAUUAUAAAAGAUCUUAUAAUCUGUUAGUGCCUUUGGAAACUCACAAAGGUUUUGCUUUUGAGACCAAAGAUAUUUCUGUAACCAUGCAACAAUCAAAUCAACUUGAAACAGCCAAGGUUUCCUCUACACACUCAAUCUGUUUCUUUGAAACGUCCAUUCAGCGACCUGUAGAAGAUGCGCAUGGAUCAAGAUUGCCAUGUCUAGGAUUGAAUCCCGAGAUAAUGACAGCCUACAGGAUGCUGAUCUCCACUAAACCUUUCAGAAACUCCUCUAAUGAGAAUAUGUGGAACAAGCAUCGGUUCCCUGGUCCAUCACAUAAUCGCACAGUGCCUCUCAUACAGCAGAAACUUGGAGAUGUGAGAUUAAAUGAACUCGGUGUCUGGCUUGGAGCUAAAAGUCCAAAAUCAUCCAGAGAGACUGUGACCAUGUUAAAACAAGGUUGGCAGUGGUACUACAGAAAGUAUAUUGACGUUCGUAAAGGAGGAAUGGGUGGUUUAUCUCUGCUGUUUGCUGGCUACUGUGUCCUGUGUUAUAUAUGGAGAUACCCACAUCUAAAGAAAGAACGAUGGAGGAAAUACCAUUAAGGAUAUCUGGUAUUUGUUAAUAUGCCCAUAGCUUGAUAUUUUGGAAAGGUUUGGAGGAACAACUUUGCUAGAUUAUACUCACAGCAACUAGUAUAAUCUUUCACUUCUUUUCUG